CUAAAACAACACGUACAGUCAUUUAAUGAUAAAUGUACAUACAGUGAAAAAUUGACAAAACAAAUAGAAAUAACAUUGAAAACUAUUUACAAAAUAAGGUUGUCAGGUCUAUCUCCACAACUCCAAAAAAGUUCACAAGCCGAGAACAAAUUACUUGUCAGCUGACUACCGACUUUCCCAUCGAAUCACCAACGAGUGGAAUUCACUACCUCAGCACGUGGUUGAGGCUCCAUCCGUCGACUCUUUCAAAAGAAAGUUGGAUCAACUGAGAGACCACCAUUGCCAAGACUAACAUAGGCCAUCAAGCCUCCUGUCCUUCCCAAACUGAAACUGAAACUGAGUAGAGUGGAUUGUUCAACUGUUGCGUUAUAUAUGUAUAGUCCGUCUGAGGUUGUCGCUAAGUGACCUCUAAGACUAAAGUAACAUCAAUAGUAUCGUUUUUCCUUGAAACAUGGUCCCAUCAAAAAAUGACAUAAAGUUCACAUGGCUUGCAGCUUGUUUUGUCAGUUUAUAUGGUCUAGGAUCAUGGAUUGUUGUUAAUGGAUUGUGGGUUGAACUACCGUUAUUGAUCAAUGUUCUACCAGAAGGUUGGAGUUUGCCUGCUUACCUGAUAAUCAUUAUACAAAUAGCAAAUGUGGGACCAAUGAUCUAUGUUCCGUUGACAAAAUUUUUCCAAGCUAAAACAAAUGGAUUUUGUUCACGUUGUUUACAACCACCUGAAAGGAUAGCCAACUAUUUAAUACUCGCUGUCGGUCUAAUAUCAUGCAUAUUGAUUUCGCAGUUUUGGAACUCGGUAGCUUAUGUAUCAAUAUUAAAACCCGGUUACCAUAGUAUUGGAUUAUUUGUUUUAGCUUUGUUUGCUUCAAUUGUUGAUUGUACAUCAUCGGUUACAUUUAUUACCUAUUUGAAUGGAAUGCCUCAAUUGUAUGUAGGUGCAUUACAUUUCGGUGAAGCAUUUAGUGAUUUAGUUCCAAGUAUAUUAGCCCUUAUUCAAGGAGUUGGGUCAGAACCGGAAUGUAUCAAUAAAACAGUUAAUGAUACACUUCAUGUGGUCCCUUUUUAUCCACCACCACGUUUCUCUGUCAGUACAUUCAUAUAUCUAUUAUGUAUUGUUUUGUUGUUAUCUUUAACUGCAUUCACAUUAUUGGAUUGUUCACCUAUUGGUUUAGGUCAAGUUAUUCAUGAACAUUAUCGAAAAACUAAUUUCAUAUUAGAAUCUAAUGCAAAUAUUCAUAGCAUAAGUCACAAUAAUCUAGAAAGAUUUAAAUCAAAUGAAGAUCAACAUAUUUCUAAUGAUAUCUUCGAAAACAUUCAAAAUGUUGAUGUUUCUGUGUUGAAUCAUAAUGAACAAGCUGUACAGUCUCAUAAUAAUGUUAAUAUUACAAAACAGCUUGGACCAAACACAUUUUUAUCAUGUUUACUUAUCAUUUACAUUAGUGCAUCAAAUUAUGGAUUUCUACCAGCCAUACAAUCUUAUUCAUGUGCUGCGUAUGGCUCGCUUACAUAUCAUUUAGCAGUUACACUGUCAGGAUCAUUCUCUGCUGCAAUGACAGUGUUAACUACAUUUCUUGUCAAUCAUUAUUCUAGGGAAAUAGAUAGUACUGAUGAAUCAACAUUCGAAAAUUUGCAAACUAUGAACCAUGAAUUAAAUGAACAGAAUCAAAUUUGUUACAUACAAAAACCUGACAUAAUUAUGCAUAAUGCAUAUACGCGUUCACUUCAAAAUAAAUGGAUUAGUAUUUCACUCAUCUCUUUGAUACCUGUUGCUUACGUUAUAUAUUUGGCGAGUUCAAGUCCCAAUCCACCAUAUUUGGGUGGUUUCGGUUCUGCCAGUGCUCUCAUUUCUGUUAAUGUCACGACCAAUUUAAUAUCAAACGGAAAUACAUUUUAUGAUGCAUCGAGUUUUUUGGUGAAUUUUAACGUACAAUAGGACUUUUUGCAAUGGGUGGUUAAUUCUUUUUUAUCUUAUCUGUCAAUCAAUACAUCCAUGUAUGCAUAUUUAUUGUUGGUGUUGGACUAUGAAAUUGUUGUUCUAAUUCAUCUAAAUGGCCUGUUUUAAUGAUUGACUGUAAGACAAAAGUCGUUUUUCGAAAUGUCAAGAAGAUAAAAGAAAGCUUGAUUAUGUGAUGAUGGUGACAGUGCGAUUAAUGGAAGUUUGCAUAUGCAUUAAUUGAGGUAAUUAAAUGUAUGUCAAGUCACCUUGGUAUACUAGUUCAAAUAGAAAGAAUUGAACCUCAGGGUGUUCGGAUGAAAACGUUAUAUUAAUCUACAGGAACUGUGUAAAGAACUGUUGGUUUUGUUAUUAGAAUUCUUGAGAUCCCGGAAAUCUACUUUUGAGACUAGGGUUAAAAUUAUUAAGAACUUGUUAGUAUCAGUGCGAUUAUGUUAAUAACUGAUCUACUCGUAAAUUCUGAGCAUAUAUAUUAUUAAUUUGUUUUUUUUCUAGUUUAUUAUUGCUACCGCUAUUAUCAUCUUAACCCGUUUGCUUAACUUAUCUAUACUGUUUAAAGUGGGGCCACUUUGAUCAAUGCUUAACUGCCUGACUCUCUGUAAUAUUACUGGUUAGAGUAUCUGUUCCAAUAUCAAUGUAGUUAGGGAUGCUUGGUGAUACGGGACAUUACUUGGUCGUGAACACUAAGCUAUCAAAUAACUAAGGAUUGUUCCCAUAAUUUGAUCAAACGUGCAAAAUACUGUAAUACAUAAGUGAUUUUUACACUAGAUUAUUUAUUGUCUUCUAAAUCCUAUAGAUCCUAGCUUGGAUUGCGAUACGCUGUUUAUUUGCCAGUUUGCGCACAUGGAUAUGGAUGAGUUUGUCUAGCCAUUCCCAUAGACCAACGCGACUCAGAUUAGCUGGGUUAUCUACACAAUUCGGAGCAGCACUCGGUGCAAUUUUAGGCUUCAUAUUAGUUGUUUAUUUUCAGCUAUUUAAAAAUAAACUACCUUGUCUUCAAGUGUAAUUUUUAUUGAAACUCAUGUAAUAAUGUCUUUCAUACUUCAACAUAUUUAUGUAUAGAUCAUAUUUCAGAAAUGGCAAAAAUACAUUAUUGUUGAUUGCUUAGCUAGUAUUAAAGACUAAUUUCUGUGUAUUUAUAAAUACUAAUUUAUUGUGGGUAUCUUAUAAUAUUUUCGUAAUUAUAUACUGUUUAUCUUUGACGAUUUGUCAUUUUUCAGGGCUUCACUUAUACAUUACUUGUUUUUGCAACUACAAAGCAGUAAAUUUAUUGGUCAACAUGUUAGCUGUUGAAUUUUGCUCACGAAAAGAUUUGACGGUCAUUCUGAAAAUUAGCUACAGGUUUCGUAUGAAAUUCAGGCAAUGAUUCGAAGAUAAAUUUCAGAGGUGAAAGUAGGUAGCCGCAAACAAACAAUUGUCCAGUAAGCAUAGUAAGGAAAUAUGAGCUACUUAUGAUAAUAUUUAUUCACAAGUUGAAUGAGGAAUUAAUAUAUAACGAACAAUGUUGUAAGCAAAG